AUGUUUCUGAGCUUCUUCAACGCUAAAUACAUGGUUUUGCUGGGAUGUGUACUGGCGAACCUCACAUUUGCAAAACAAGGGCCGAAAAAAAUAUGUGACACUAGUUUGAUGAUUUCCAGUGACUUCAAUGCCUCUCCGGAUACGGAUGCGGAGGGAAAUGGCAACAUCCACAACCGCUCGCUAUCUGCAUGGACCUGGAUACCAAAGAUUUCACCACACAGAAUACCUCAGGUCAUCUUUGAAGCCCAGUGCAAUUCAGAAUAUUGUACCUUUCCCAGUGGCAUGGAUAUGAGACUGAACUCUUUGCCUAUUUAUCAGGACAUCCUGGUGCUGAAACGGGAUACGGAGGACACAAAGUGUUUCAGGGUGACUUUUGAGAGAGUAAUAGUGGGCUGUACCUGUGCGUGGGCCAAAACCUCCUAA